GAAAAGGAAAAGGCAAUGAAAGGGAGACGCAGGAAUCGGGUUAGUUAGAAACUUAGAAUAAAGCCUGUGAGGCUUUCCGCUGGCUCCUCCUUAAGGUAUCAGCAACCAAAAUAUAAACCCCCAAAUGCUUUGUCACUCUCCUCAAUUAGGGUUUCCAAACAGAAGAGCCUCAUUGGAAUCGGACCGCCGAGACUCGUCUGCGGCGUCAACGUUGACCCCAAUACUCUCACAGGUUGCUGCAAUGGAGGAUGCCCAAGAAGUAUCUGAGACAAUGUCAGAGAGCUCAUCAGGAAAGAUACAGGAAACUCGCGAUGAAAUGCUCUCCAGGCACAGGAAAGAGACUUCAAAGUUGCAGGACAAGGAAAUUCAAUUGAAAAAGGCAGCAGCAAAAGGUAGCAAGGCCGAACAAAAAGCUAAGAAAAAGCAGGUGGAGGAAGAGAUUUCUCGACUUUCUGCUGAGCUUAAGGAAAAACAAGCCGAAGAACUUGCAUUAUUAGGCUAUAGCAGCAGUAACAAUGGAGGUGAAAAGAGUAAUCUGGAUACUUUAGUGAAGGCCAUAGCUGGUGUUUCUGUCAGCAGUCAACCUGAGAGUGCAAAGCCUAGCAAGAGUUCAAAGAGAAAAGUGAAAAGGGCCCAGGAGGAUGCAGCAAGGGAGCAAAGAAUUCAAGAAGAGCAGAGCAACUUAGUAAGUGAUCGAAUGGUUGAGGAUGAGAAACUAGAAGAAAAGCUUGAACCCCUAGGUUUGACUAUCAAUGAGAUAAAGCCUGAUGGUCAUUGCCUCUACCGAGCUAUCCAGGAUCAGCUGGCCCACCAUUCUGGAGGCUCAUCCCCUUACACAUACCAAGAGCUUCGAGAAAUGGUGGCAGCUUAUAUGAGGAAGCAUGCACCUGAUUUUCUCCCAUUCUUCUUGUCAGACAACCAAGUCGAUGGUGAUUCUGAUGAAUCGCUUGCUGAAAGGUUUGAGAAUUACUGUAAGGAAGUGGAGUCAACAGCAGCAUGGGGAGGACAGCUAGAGCUUGGGGCUUUAACUCACUGCCUUAAAAAGCCUAUCAUGGUAUACUCAGGAUCAUUCCCUGAUGUGGAGAUGGGUAAGGAGUACAAAUCUGAGAGUGGAAAUGGUUCUGUUUCUAGUAUUAUGUUGUCAUAUCAUAAGCACGCCUUCGGGCUUGGAGAGCACUAUAAUUCUGUGGUCCCUAUAUAAUCAAAUAGUAGCAGCAUCCCCGACAAAACCACUUGGCUCGCCCUCUAGUUUGUAAUUUGUGCUGAGAAAAGGCACGAUUUGAGCUCCUUUGAUUCUUGAUACUGCGUUAGACAGUAGUGGUUCAGUGUUCCUUUCAUUUCCAAUUUCCCUGACUACGUUUUGUAGCUAAAUAUGGUUAAUGAGUAUUUGACCCUUUCAGAACCAUUUAUGGCUUUUGCUUCUUGCAGCCGUAUAUACAACUUGGGAUUGCCUACUCGAGGUAGUUCGAAAUAUCUUGUACUGUUUAAUUUAGCAUUCUGUGAUCUGCAGGUUAUGGACCAUCCAAAUAAAGUUGCUUGAUCUUAACCCCUAUAGCUUCACCAAAUCAAGAUUAUUAACUCAAGGCUUUAGGAUACAGAUGGUUUUUUAAACCCCUAGACUGAUAGGAGAAAAAGAAUGUAAUUCCUCUCUUAUUUUCUUCAUUUCUGAUACAAAUAUUAAAGAAUGUAUUCACUCAUUACUCAUCCUUAUUCUUUCAGAACCACUAAAUUGAAUCCUAAGAAAUCUGGAAAAUCAAUAUAUA